UCGACUAAAACAUCGAGGAUGGGCGGUAGAAUAAAUAAUGAAAAACUGUUAUUAUCAACGGAAAAUAAUGAUCGUAGAAAUUAUUCAAAAAAACGUAAAUGUUCUCUACAAUUCCCUGCAGUCAUAUCUGCUUGUCUAAUUCGACUAGGAUUAGGAGCAGCUAAUUACUGGACAUCGCCAGCAGUACCUUACCUUAAAUCAUCAAAUUCAAAAUUCACAAUAACUUCUGAUCAGUCAUCAUGGAUAGUUUCUCUACUCACUAUUGGUGGUAUAAUCGGUUACCUUCUCUAUCCAAUAUUUAUCAACAGAAUAGGACGCAAGUACACUAUGCUAUUAUUUGCCAUACCACAAGUUUUCUCAUGGCUCACAAUUUAUUAUGCAUCAAAUGUUUAUCAUCUUUAUAUAGCAAGAAUUCUCGCAGGAAUUGGCUACAAUGGCGCAUAUGUUGUGGAAAUAAUUUACGUUGGUGAAAUAGCAGAAAAAAAUAUCAGAGGUUUUCUAGUUGUUAUAGGAAAGAUAGCAUACGUUCUUGGAUCAUUAAUUGUUGCCAUACUAGGUGCAAUGGUUACCUAUGACACAAUGAAUUUGACGCUUCUAUUAAUAUCCCUGACAUUUUUUUGCACAUACUUCUUAAUGCCAGAAUCUCCCUAUUAUUACAUUAAAAUCAACGACGAAGGGAAGGCAUUUCAAAGUCUUGCUAAAUUGAGAAAAACCCAAAAUUCAAAAUUCUUGGAAUUGGAGAUUGAAAAUAUAAAAAAGGGAAUGAUGAAAAAUGAUAUUUCGCGAAGAAACAUAAUAGUAAAGUUAUUUAGAAUUAAUGCUAAUCGAAAAGCACUGAUAAUAUCAUCUCUUGCUGUAUUAAGUGUCUCAUUUUCUGGAUCAUUUGCAGUUGCGGCUUAUAUGCAGACUAUUGUCAGUUAUAUUGAUAAUCCUCUGAAACCUGAACAAAUAACGGCAUUAAUAAUGUUAAUUGUAUUAAUUACAUCGAUUGUAAUAUCACCCAUUCCCGAUUGGCUUGGUAGGAGAAUUUUAAUUUUAUGUUAUGGAAUUUUAGUUGCUUUAAGUUCCUUUACGUUAGGUGGCUUCUUCUUUUACAAGUAUUACUUUAAUGAGAAUCUCUCAUCAAUUUAUUGUGUUCCUUUAGUUGCAUUAUUAAUUUACAUCGUUGGUAGUAAUUCUGCUCUAUUUAGUAUUAGUCACAUUUUAAUGUCAGAACUUUUUUCAAUGGAAGUUAAAAGUACAGCUACUUCUCUUAUUAAUGUAACUCGAGCAAUUUUGGAUUUUUUCAUCAAAUUAGGUUUUUUAAGGUUUGUUAGUGUUUUUGAAAUUUAUGGUGUUUUUUGGAUAUUUGGUAUGACUACAUUCAUUGUAACUUUGACAAAUUAUAUCAUUAUGCCCGAAACGAAGGGAAAGACUUUAGAAGAAAUACAGAAUUUACUCGACCUCUGAAGAAAGAAAAUCGGUUUCAUAAAAAUAAGGCAUUUGAACAUUUAAAAAAAAAACUCUUAGAAGUUGAAACUUUCAAGUUUUUAUUGAAUUAAAAUACACAUAUUCAGCUUUGAAAAUAUACAUUAUUGUCACGUCAUCGUGACGUAUUUUUAAUAAUAUUAACUUAUAAUUAAUAAUAGUAUAAUUAACAAUAUUAAUCACCGUAUUCUUUCAUUCAUUCUGUCCGCAGUUUGAAGUUACUUUCUGUGUAAUAAAUAAUUUCUUAAU